AUGAAGUUCUCCGACUCACUUAUGUCUUUGAUUGGCGAGUUUGCCGCCAUGAAACACACUCCUGACUAUGUACCAUCGGCAGCCAGUGUCACACCGGAACUCGAAAAUAAAAGAAAACCGAGCAUGGCACCGAAAGUGGAAACUGAACGAAGACACUCGCUACUGAUCAGUGUUGGAACGGUGAGUGAUACCAUUCUUGCAUGCCCCGUAUUUCGAAGCCAUUUUUCCAAGAAUUUUGAAAAAUUGCCUACUUGA